AUGCUAGUCCCCAAUUCACAAAUCAGUUCGGGCUCUCAGCUGCCGACCCAGCUGCCGCCCGCCGCACCCCAGCAGUCCUUCACCAUGAGCCAGUCGCAGUCUCAGUCGCAGUCACAGCAGCAGUCACAAUCGCAACAACAAACCAGUCUGGCCGCCUCGUCCUUUCGCCACUUCACAGAUCAAUCCGCCAAAAGAAACGAUGACCUCCCAAAGAUAUAUACGGCCAUCUACUCCGGCGUCGAUGUUUACGAAAUGGAGGUCAAUGACGUUGCCGUCAUGAGGAGGAGGAACGACUCGUGGCUGAAUGCGACACAAAUCCUCAAGGUGGCUGGUGUUGACAAGGGAAAACGCACAAAGAUCCUCGAAAAGGAGAUCCAGACGGGAGAGCACGAAAAGGUUCAGGGCGGCUACGGAAAGUACCAGGGCACAUGGAUCCGGUUCGAGAAGGCCGUCGAGGUCUGCCGGCAGUACGGCGUGGAGGAUCUUUUGCGCCCUCUGCUCACCUACGACAUGGGGCAGGAUGGUGGUGUGGCUGGUCGUGGUGAUCUCAACACGCCAACCAAGGAGCAGGCGAUGGCGGCCCAGCGCAAGAGGCUUUACAACGCCGGCGCCGAUAGGAACGGCAACGGUGGUGGCACCUUUUUCAAGAACAUCUCGGCAACAGCUCACAGUGCGGUUGCCGCCAUCAGCAAAGCAAGAUUCGACUCGCCCGGGCCGCGGAAUCGAAAUGGUCUGGCACGAGCGCCGAGCUUCAACCGCCAGUCUUCUAUGCAAAGCAUUGACGACUUUCCAACCAACUCCCAGGGCAGCAAUUACCAGGACAGCUUCCCCGCCCCGGACGCGGCCAUGUCCUUCUCAGCCGGCAGCGGCCCGCAAACCAUCAACGGCAACGGCAUCGAACCGCCACGGAAACGACAGCGAGUCGAGAUGACGCCAGCGACGAGUUUUGGCCAGUUGCCCAACAGUCAGAUGUCGGCAUAUGCCGACACGUUCCCCGGGUCUCCGACGGAGCCCAACGAUUCCUUUGUCUACAACCAGCACGCCGAUGCCGCCAACAGGGCAGCAGAGCAACACGAUUCGUACACGCCACUUCCUCCGCUUCCAUACGAGGGAUCUCCCGAGGCGGAGAACAAGCGUAGCAUGUUGAUGAGCCUCUUUAUGGAAGAUGGCUCCGAUCAGUCACGGCAAGAACUUCUGAGGUCCAUGGGUCCUCGCGAUCUGGACAUGCCAAUCGAUCCACAGAGCCAUACAGCCCUGCACUGGGCCGCGACGCUGUCACGAAUGACAUUGCUCCGGGCACUUGUGGCUUCGGGAGCCAAUCCCUUUCGCGUGAACGCCUCUGGAGAGACGGCCCUCAUGCGAGCCUGCAUCGUCACCAACUCACACGACCACAACACAAUGCCUGAGUUACUUGAUAUUCUCGGAGGGACAAUUGAGGUACAGGAUAACAAGGGUCGCACCGUGCUUCACCACAUCGCUCUCACCAGCGCCGUCAAGGGCCGUAGCGCCGCAAGCAGGUACUACCUGCAGUGUCUACUGGAAUGGGUUGUCAGGCAGGGAGCAAGUACCCAGGGCCAAGGCGCCGGCAGUCAGCCAAGCAGUCAAAACGCGCAGCUUAACGGUGGGAACAACCAGCCAUCAUCGCAGUCGCAACAAAACCCUACCAGGCUCGGCCUGGCGCGCUUCAUGAGUGAGAUGUUGAACGCACAAGAUAAUGCCGGUGACACAGCUCUCAACAUCGCCGCGCGCAUCGGCAACCGGAGCAUCAUAUCGCAGCUCUUGGAAGUUUGCGCGAGCCCAAAUGUCGCCAACCGCGCAGGCCUGAGGCCAUUGGACUUUGGUAUUGGUCUCGAUUCGGCUGGUGACACUGCGAACGGGGAAUCGGGGGUUGUGGAAAAGACCGAAAUUCCUGGUAGCAGCCAGAAGAGUCGGGAGAGCAGCGACGACAUCGUUACGUCCAUCACACACCUCCUUACCGAGACUUCGACAAGCUUCCAGCUUGAGAUGAAAACGAAACAGAUGUCUCUGGACGACCUACACAGCACACUCCGAUCGACAACCGCGCAGCUCACCGAGGCACGCAAACAUUUAGAAGGCCUACAAGCAAAAUUGAAACAGCAGCAGCUAGCACGCCAGAAAGUGACAAAUCUGAAUCGAGCACACGACCAGGAGCAGUACCGGCUCAUGCAACUCCAGCAGACCCGCCGCGGCCGCCGAGACAUGUCAGCAUCCAAUGGCUGGGAGGCCGAGGCUAACACGCUACUGGCCGCCAUCAAUGCAACAGCAAACGGCGAGGACGGGGCAAAUGGUGACGCUUCAGAGUCGCACCUCCCAUCGGCGUCGCUGCUGAGGGCUCGCGUUAAUGCGGUGCGGUCGCAGACUCGGGAAACAAAGCAGGCUGUCGCAGCGCUCAAGGGGAGAAGCCGGGAAGUCGAGCAAAAAUACCGACACCUCGUGGCACUAGCAUCCAAAUGCGAGGACAGCGAGGUGGAUCCGCACCUGGAUGGACUGAUGCGAGCCGUCGAGAGCGAGAAGGGAGAACUCGAAAUCGGCCGUGUCAGGAGAUUCCUGGGUGGCGUUGAAGGGGUAGUCGUGAGCUGA